AUGAAAGAAAAAUCUUUAGGAUUCAUAACAAAAAUCGUCAAACAUAAAAAAUAUUGGUCAUAUCAAAACAAAGAAAGUUGUAGAGAAUCUACAAAUAUUACAGUACCUAGUCAAAAGAUGCCAGUGCUAUCAAUCCUAGUGCUCUGGAUGCUUCGUUGGCGCGCAAUUCAAUCAGUGCUGGAAGUUUUGAACAGAUCUCGUAUAUAGUACCUAUCUACUUAGUGCUUACCUGAGAAAUUAAAAAUUGACUAGUAAACUAUUAUGUUUAGUACACUCUUUUGACAAUUCUUUGUUGCGCUUCUGAGACGUAUAGUAGUUUGUAUUUGAAAGGUAGGUACGGGGAAAAAACCAGAAAUCACUUUUUUAAUUCAAAAUAGCGGUAUUCAUAAUAAACAAUUUGUAUUGAUAUACUGUAUCUUUUGUGCGAUCUAACCAAUGAAAAAACAAGAUUAGUCGAAAGUAAUGAGUGCCAGAAGUUUAGGUCUACAAGAAAAAAAACAUACCUACCUAAGUCAACUGAUACUAGGAAAGAACCAAUUUUAGAUUAAUAUACGGCUAUAUAGCCGUGGUUAAUAAUAUGACAUUAUUGUAUUGUGGUUAUAUAUUUCAAAGUUUGACAUUUAAUUUAAACCGAACUUUUUACUUUGUAAAAAAAGUGACUUUUCUGUGUUUUCCCUGUACCCUUCAUUUUAAUCACAUAAUUGUCUUCAUACCUACCUAUUUGUGUGGAAAUAGAGCGAUUUAUUUUCAAUAUGUAAAGUAGUUAUCCGUUUCCCUCCUUGCACAAAAUAGCUGUUAUAAGAGCAAAUCAAUCCAUUCCGCAUUAAUUUCAUUGAAAAUUAACUUAAUAAAACUGAUAUAUAUGUAUAAUUUAUCUAUUUUUAGUCCUAUUAGAUAGGAGUACAUAUUUUUUAAAUUUAUUACACAGGAGCCUAAUGAAAAUAUAAAUAAAAAAUUGUAGAAAAUAUUUGUUUUGUCUUUGCUUUUUUAAAUAUUAUAAUGGUCUUCGAAUUACGUGUUUUACAAAUAAUUUUAUUAAUCAAGUAAUAUUUAUUUUAUGCAGAAAAACUUGAAGCGUGUAGAAAAGAAAGAAAUAAACUUGUAAAUUGUGAGACUACAACUACGCCAUUACGAAGAAAACUAAAAAAAUGUUCGAAAAAAGAAAUAACAUCGUAUCGAAACAAUAUAGCUUCGAAUAUGCGACGCACAAAGUCUAUUCAAAAUAAAUUAAACGAAGAUGAAAAGUAGUUAUUAUUUUAUUAAUAUAAGUAUUAAUUUAAUAAUUAUUAUAAACAUAGGCCGAAGCAAACUUAUUUAAAUUUACACACUGGUUAACCAAUAUGAUAAAAAUAUUAAAGGGGUUAAAAAUCUAAAUCUUAAUAUUUACUUUCUACGAAACUUUAGGUAGGUAUUGAUUUGAUUUAUGUAGCUAUUUAAAAAUUUAGGAAAUGAGGAUCGCUUAAAUAUAAAAAUAGGUUUGUUAUAAUUUACUCCCAUUAACCUUAUCACUAACUGUAAUAUUCAAGCAGUGGUUUUUCAAGUACUUUUAAUUUUUAUUUGUUUUACGUGAUGACUACGUGUGUUAAUAGGGUAAAGGGCUGCAUGUGCUGAAGAAGCCAUAGAGGUUUAGGGACAAUUGGCUAUCGGUUUGAUGAUAUUUUGUUUCGUGCAUUUAUUGUAUAAUUUGCAGUUUUGUAACUUUGAAAAAUACUCUGAGAAAACACUAUACUCACAGGAGAGACCUUGAGAAGGUUUGCCUUUCCCUCUCCCAAAGAUGGUUAGAAACCGAAAAUGGCUUGAAGAACUUGUCUUACGUUUGUGACCCUAUUACUGUUAUUACCUAUUAUUUUUUAUGAUUAUUAUUUAUAUUUAUAUUUUAUUUAUUUGAUUAUUUUGGUUUUUUACUUUUAGUUUUAUUUAUUUUUACUUAUUUUAAAUAUAUCAACUGUUUACAAGCUAAUUGGCGUAAGCGCCGUUUCAUAAAUUUUUCAGGAGAGCAAAAAAACCGUUUUUUAAACUAUUCUUAUCAGUAUAUGAGUGUUUAUUCCACGGAAAAAAUAUUUUGAUAAAUGUUAUUUAAGUAAUUUUUCAGUCUAAAAACUAUUAAUUUGGCGCUUACGCUAAUUUUUUUCUUUUUUUUAAGUAAAUUUGUGCUUACACCAAAUUAUUUGCGUGUAUCAGAGAUUGGCAAAUGGUAGCUCGUGAGCUGUAUAUAACCAAAAAACCAUUUUUAUUAACCUAUGUGACCUUUUAAAAUAUUGUUAACAAAGUGCAUAGUUUGAGUUACACUUUCAUAAAUAAUGCAAUUAUAAACACUAAAUUUUCUACUACAGUAUAAAUUCAUAUUUUUCCCAUUAGGAGUAUUUAACACUUUUUGUAAUUCAAAGCUCACACAUAGGUAAAGUUUAGAGUGAUAUGAUAGCUUUUGAUAUUAAAGGAAUAUUGCCUUGAAAUCUCCCUUAUACUCCAGGUGUUGUUGCUGAACAUGUACUUAAUUUAGUUGACUUACUUUUGUGGAUUUGGAUAUAGUUGGUGUAAAGCAAUAUUAUACUUUUCAUUGAACAUUUUUCUUAAGUAGUAUUUAGAUACAGGUGAUCAUUUUCUUUUUUACAAAAGUCUUUGUAAAUAAUGUGUAAACGAAGAAUAUUCAUAAAUUCUGCUAGCAAAUACUUUUUGACGCUUGAUGCUCGAUAAUAGUAUAAAGAAACAGCAGGUAGUUUUUCAAAAAAGUGUUUAAUUUUUAAAAUUGUAAAUUCAUCCACUUUGUUUUUAGGAGUAACUUUUCCACAAUAGUAUAUUUUUCCUGUACUAACUGGUGAACUAUUUUGGAUAGUAUAAAUUAAAAAUUUCUGUGAGAUAUCUAAAGUAGUUAAUAAAUAUUUUUGACAAACUUGUUUUUCUUCACUCAUGUGUGGACGUAUGUUAAAUAAUAUUUGUAUGUGAUAGAACGUCUACUAUUAUUUUUAGAUCAUACCUUUAAUUAAUAUUUAUUAAAUAUAAAUCUAUUAACCCAAUUUUCAUUUUUGUAGCUUACGAAAAAUAAGAAACCAUGAUAAAAUAUUUAUUAUUCAUUCUUUUGUUAUCAAACUAGACGCAUUCGACGCGUCUUUGUGUUCCUAAUGUCUUUUUGUCAAAAAGUUAAUUUUGGUAAAAGUGUCGCUUACGCCAAUUAUAGCCUGCAAACAGACGAUAUAUUACAAAAAAUAAAAUAAAAAAAGACGCCAAAUCUGUCAAUAAUAUUUAUAAAUAAAUACACAGUGUUUGAAAUAUUUGCCCUUUCAUUAUUUGUCAUAUAUUACAGUGUAGAAUUGGUUAAGCACCAGUACCAUUUUACCUUAAAAAUCCUGUAGUUACACUCAUGAACUAUUAGAAAUAAUUCACAUAAUAAGAAUUCGUAGGUACCUAUUUAAUAUAAUAAUAUUAAUAUCAUAAUUUCUUAUUUAUCAGAAAUAACUUCCACUUUGUUACGAAAAAACCAAAACGCCGUUGUAAAAAAUCGAAAAGCAUUAGUGACUUAAUGGAUUUAAAAGAACUGUGUAAAAAAGUCGAUCGGAUUGCAGUCCUCGAACGAUGUGAACCUCAAGAUAUAAGUGUUGAGCAACUAUCUGUUAAGAAACGUUCACGAUCUAGGAACAAAAAUCAUCGGUAUGUAUAAUAGCUAGUAUAGUCUAGCAUCUCCUAUAAUUUAUUUUAAAUUAUUAACAUAGGUUUUACGUUCCUAUCUCCCAGUAAAUCCAUCCCGUUUACGAUGGUAACGGUUUCAUAUAUUCCCACACUGGGUAUCUUCUGCCCUGAAGUGUCUAAUACACCAGAAAAAAUUAGCACAUAAAGCCUAUAAAAAAUCUAACUUGGCAAUCGAUUAUUAAACAUUCUCCGAGCUCCGUGUUAGAUGCAAAUGACUUUCCUUAGUUAAUUAUUAUAGAUCUUUUAUAGCUAACACUUAGCACACUCUCACUUCAAAUCCUUCUUCUUUUUGGAAGUAUGUCAGGAACUUGAAGCAAAGCUCUCAAAUCCCUUUAUUGGUCCAUUUGUCCGGUGUAGUAGCAGGCUAUUCUUCUGAUUUAACUAAUCUAUUUCCCAAGUACUUCUCAGUUUUCAAGCCACCUUAGCCAAUCUCUUUGGGUCUUCUCAUGCAUCGCAUCUUUCGUAUAAUCUCCCUUCCAAUUUUUUCUUCACUUGCGCUGAUGAGCUCGGCGAGUUUGUCUAGUUAUCUAAUUAAAAACAACCUAUCUAACGGGCCUAACAUUAUUUAUACUCGUUUGCUCUUUAAUUGUCGUAACUCCCUAGCCUAUCUUAUCUUCUCUUUAUUCAAGCGUUCCCUUUCAGAAUUUCAGAAGACAUCUUCCUUGACGUUUGGAAGAUUUGUUGUUGUAUAAUUCCUAUUCAGAAAUCUGGUGACUUCAGAUGUCUCUAACUACUGGCCAAUCUCCAUUCUUCAACAUCUCGCAAAAAUCUUCGAAUCUAUAAUUUACUCCUAUAUUAAGUAAUGCUUCUUAUUUCACGUGUACACGCUUUCACGUAUUCACGUUAGAUUAAGGUUCAAUUUAUAAGACCCGUUAGUUAAAAGUUUCCGUGAAUUUAUAAUAUUAUUUACGUAUUUACGCCUAACUUUUUUAGUACUUUAUUUUUAUUUGUAGGAGAAAGAUGAUUGUAUUCAUAUCACAAAUAUAGGUAAAUAGUGAAUAAUAUACAUUUUCAUACCAAUUCAAAUUAUUCACGUAAUUAACUAAUAAUUCAAGGCUUCACGUGAUUAUGAUUCCGAUACGUGUUCACGUGUUUUAUCAUUUAUUAAUUCACGUAUAAUAACCAUACGUGUUUUAUUGUGUUACAUUCACGUGUUCACGAUAUUCCUGUACACAUAUGUUUGUAUUCACUUAAAAAAGUAAGACCCCCUAAUAAUAAGAUAAGUCUUGAUCAUGUUGCUAUCGAGAAUCAGCAUGGCUUUCAUCCUGGUAUGUCUACCACAACUAGAGGACGUGGUUUUUUCAAUCAAAAUUUUGGAUAGUCUUGAAGCUGGGUCUCAAGUAGAUACUGUUUUCACUAACUUUAAGAAGCUUUUGACUCCGUUGACCAUUUUCUACUCAUUAAAGCCCUUGAAUUCUCGGGAUAGGCAAUUUGCCUCUUUCUUUUUCUCUCUUUUAUCCCCACCGCUAGAACGUAAUUUGUCUCCAUUAGUGUAUUUCAUCAAAACUGUCUUACAUUUCCUUUGAUGUCCUGCAGGGUGGGCAUCUCAGUCCGCUCCUUUUCAUAAACUCCCUUAAUGACAACCUAUAACUACUGCCAAAGCUCAUCUAUUUGCAGAUGCCAUUAAAUUAUUCAUCAAAGUUAAUUUCCCAUCUGACUGUCUUUGUCUUUUAGCCGACUUUGAUUCUUUCCAGGCACGUACACAAAAAUAAUUCAGAGAAUAGGUAGUUUUUCAAUUUGAGAUACAAUAUAAUUAUGGGCUGAUAUUUAAAAAUCGAACGUUGGAAAUCGUAUUUAUGGUAUAUUUUAUUAUGUGUAGGUGCACUAAAACCAAAAGAGUAAAAUUUGUACCUACAUGAUUACACAAGUAAUGAAUUAAAAAUGAUUUUAUAUUUUCAGAAGUUUAAUGGACAUAAGCGAUAUUCAUAUACCGGACCAAGACAGAAAAAUUUUGGAUAACAUGCGACGAAAGCGCGAACAAAGGCAACACGGCGAGGAUUUGGCAUAUCGUAUAAAUAUAUAUUGGGAACAAAUGCGGGAAGAAGAAAAACGUUUAACUAGUGAACAAAAGCAAAAAUGGCAAAAUUUUAUAUCGGCAAAACGCAAUGUUGAACAUGGAGUGAACCAUAUACGUUUGGAAGAAUUACGUAUGGCUUUCGAGAACAAUCAAAGGCAACUUAAAGAACAGAUAAGAGAAAAAGAUGAAAAAGUUAAAGAAAUUAAACAGGAAAUCGAAGAUCGUAAGGUACAAUAAUUUAGUACUAUUAUAUUGCAUAAAAUAAGGAGGUCUACUAUGUAUAAAUAUAAAUUAUAAUAACCAGAAAGUUCACGUUUAAAUUAGAAAAAAUAAUACAUAUACGAAAUUUGGAAAAGUUGAUAAUAACGUGUACAAUGCACAUAUUGUAGUUUGCAUUACGAUUGCCUAACAUUUAUACUUUAUAGAGAAUAUCAUUGCAUUUAUAUGUAUAAACUACUAUUAAUUCAAAUGUAUAUUCGACAUAAAUAUUUUAUUUUUUAGUUUUAAACCAUUAUUGAUAUUUGAUAUUUUUAAAAUUAAUUAUCAUAUAUUAUCUAAUUUAUAGCUAUUCUUGGCGUUUAAGUUUAAAUUUUAAAGAAAAUUAAUUUUGAUAAAUAUUAUAAAUAUGUACACACGAAAUAGGAACUUUUAACUGUCCCAUGCGUUUCAUGUUAAACAAAUAGCAGACGUAAUCUAACAUUUUUGAGAAAUGAGUUGAGAUCCUCAAUGUCCCUGUACUUUUGUUCAAGUCAAAAACUGCAUGUAGGUACAUUUACUUUAAACGCCAAAGUAUAAAUUAAACCAAUAAAGUUAUAACAAUUGUGAAGGCACUCAGGAAUAAUAAUAAUAAAAAGUUAAUUAAGAUUUAUACUUGUAUACAUUUUUAGACUUUUGAAAAUUCUCUGAAACAAGACAUAGAAUUCGAGAAGCAUAAAAUUGCGAGUGACAAUAAUUUUUAUGAACAAAUGAAUGCUCUUCAACAUAAAAAAAAAUUGCACGAUAUAAACCUUCUGAAACAGAAAAAAGCGAAAGAAUUAAGAAUAAAAUCACUUCAGUUGAAUCAAGAAGUAAUUUGUAUUAAUUAAAACUUUUUAAAUUUUUAUUAUAAAUUGUGUUAAAAAAAAAAAAAGAAAACGUAUGAGUAGGUAGGUAUAUUAUAUUACAGGGGUAGCCAAUAUGAAUAUGUUCGCAAGUCACAUAUAUAAAUGCAAUGAUAUCAAGAGCCAAAAUAUUUGUAAAUACAUUUUAUAAGUUUAUAUAAUUUGAUCUAAUCUGUACUUGAAUAACGUAAAAGUAAUAAAGAUAGCUAAUAGCGUAUAAGCAUAUUAUCAAAUUAUGUAUUAGUUCAAUUUUAUUUUGUUUUGAUUAGAUCACGAGUUUUCUAACGAUUUCCAAUACCCAAAUAUUAAAAACUGUGCGGUAAAAUUGAUAUCAAUUUUUGGAACAUCAUAUUCGUGUGAAUCGCUAUAUUCAACAAUGAAAAUAAUUAAGUCGAAAUAUCGUUCAAAUUUGACUGAUGAUUAUUUCACAGAAUUACUCAGAACUGCAACUAGAUCUUAAGAAACUAACUAAAAUAGUUGAUACGAAAAAAAUACCACGCAAACAAAUCUAGCUUAAUGUUUAUUUUUUUAUUUAUUAUUCAUAUUAAUUUAGAUAUUAAGUAUAUUUGUUUAUUAAUCUGUAUUGUAUAGCCUUAUAUCUAUAUUAUAAAAAAUAUUUUUUUUUUUUAUAAAUGUAUACGAAAAAAAAAUAAAAUUAAAAAUAAUAAUAAGUAAAUUUUGGUUUUUGUAAAUAAGACGCGAGCUGCAUACGCGAACCGCAAGUUAGCCACUCCUGUUAUAUUAAAUGCAUAUUAGUUACCUACUGAUGGAGGUGAUACUACACUUGUAUACGAUUUUAGUUUUGUUUUUGAAUUCCUGGGGGACGCUUUAGUUAUUGUCAGUAAGUGCAAUGAAGUUUGUCCAUAUUGUUUAAAUUAUUAUUUAAAUUACAAGAUGUUAACAAUUUUUUAAAGAUUUAAGUUUUUUUGAUGAAAAUAUAAAAAUCAAUUUCUGCUAUAACAUUAAAAUUUAAAGAUACUGUUCGUAUAAAAUCAACGAGUUAUUAAAGUACCUACCUAGUUUAACACUUUUGACAUUCGAGAUAUGGUAGUUUUAAUUUGCAUUUUUAAUUAAAUAUAAAAAAUUUAAAUUAGUUUUAUGUAUACGACUUCAUACCUAAUCAGAUUGUUCCUUAGUUCCUUAAUUUUUAUUGAAUAGGUAUGUGUGUAGGAUUUUUGUUUUGAACGUGUUUUUUAUUUACAAACAUUUUUUAACAUAUAAUUUUUAUGACCAAAUAGGUACGUAGGUAUGUGUAGGAGGAAACAAUUUUUAGAAGUCUUGUCUUUUAGACGUUUGGUUGGGUAUAGUGUUUGGAAACGCCUUUUGAUUUUUGGUAUAAUAAUUACAAUAUUGUAUUACAUAAUAGCCUGCAUCGAAAUUUAUCCCACUCUAACUACUGUGUUAUACAAUAAUUUUAAAAUUAUUACAUAAUAUAUACAUAAUUAAGGUACCUAAUAUCAAUAUGAGAAUGGCAAAAAUAUAUCACAUGGAUUCGAUUUGAUUCAGAGCAGCUAUAACGACUAACGACGAUGUAUAAUGUAGGUACAGGGAACCGUCUUGUUUUAAAUUUAUUCAUCUUUUAUACUGUAAAUAAUGUAAAUAAAAUUAUGUUUGAAUCAUUGUAUUCAUUUCAAAACGUGUUUAAUACAAUUAAGUAAAUGAUAUCUUUCACAAUCAUUAACAUUAUCAUUGAUCAAUUAAUAAUAAGUAUCAUAAAUAAUGAUUUAGAUAAACUAUAUCAAUUUUCGAAUUCAUUCACAUGUAUUGACUCAAUAAUUAAUAUAUUGAACUGGAUGAACCAAUAUUGCAUAGUUUUUGAAUUGUGAAUAUAAAAUGAGGUUUAAAAUACGGUUAUAUUAGAUAAAUCAUUUUUGGUUCAUUUUCCCUAGCUCUACGAAUUUAUGUGAAUUUUAAUUAUUUUGUCUCUUUUAUUCGCUGUUAUAAUAGAAAAUAAUAUACCCACCUAAAUCAUUUUUUGUUUUAUUAUGUAUAGAGAGUUACGUCCACAAAUCGUAUGGAGGAAUUGCGACAUGUGUUACAAUUGGAACGGAUGCAGGCACGACACGACGACGAAAUACGUCGGAAGUUUGAUGAGUGCCAAGCCAAAGAACGCAGAGCGUUUCAAAAUCAUUUAGACAAAAUGGCGACACGCAUGAGAGAACUCGCUGCAAAAAGGUUAGCGAUACCCUCUAAGAUAUUAACAUAGUCGAACAAACGAAAAUUGAUUAACAUUAAAAGGAGCAGACGGAAAAUGAAUAAUUAUUAUACAUGCAAUCCGAGUAUUGUAUAAUACGAGUAGAUGUUGAGACUGAUGUACCCAGAGUCAUUUAGCGCUAACGGGGAUAUAAUUUUAAGCACCCUUUCUUAAGGACUUACUUGGGAAUGAUUUGGGCGCUAACUUCCUUCAAAUUCGUUUUUGUUUUUAUUUACAAUUUUAUUAGAUUCAUGUUAUAAUUUCAACAUUUUACUUCCAUCAAAUAAUAUUCUUCAUUAGUCCUAAAUUUGUCUAUGUACCUCUACACAAAUACCAUGCGUUAUAAGGUUGCACUUUUAAUUAUCAAACAAUAUUCACACUCUAAGCAAAGUGUUUGAAAAUAAAACAACUAACAAGUGAUUUAAUAAUAUAAUGAUAUUUUUAAUUUUAUUUCGAGUUUUACAUUGAGCUGAGUGUCCAAUUAUUUUAAAAACUUAAGCGUCCCGGCUUAUUUUUCACUAGCGUUUUAACAUCAAAUUUUGACGAAAAUCUUAAACAUUUUAAAAUACCUACGGUAUUUCAAAAUAUGUCUUACUGAAUUCCGCUAUGAAUUGUUUUAGUUAGCAAUGGUUUAACUUUGUUUACACGUAUAAAUUAAAAAAGUUUAUAUAUCCCAUCUUUCCAACUUUCCACCUUCAAUAGUGGCUGCACACGUUCCCAGUAUCAGCUCUUAUUUUUUUUUGUAGUGUUCACAUUGUAAAAUAUUAUUCAUUACUCAUUAGGUACAAGUCGUUGUCUAAUUUUAAUAGUUUAUACAUUAGAUAUAAUAAUUUAGAGCUAACAGUAUUUAAAUAUGAUUUUAUUAGUUUACAAAGGGAACAACACAUGGGUCAAGUUCACAGAGUUGCUAGAGAACUGGAAGACGGAAUGCAAAGAUGGCAAGAUCGUGUUAUGUUAAUGCAAUACGAACAAUUGAGGAGAGCAAAAGAAAAUGCAGCACUGUACACGGACAACAAAAAACUUAGAGCUGAGAUCGACAAUAAACGGAGAGUAUUAGAACAUUCUGCUAAAAUACAAAGGUGAAGAACAUUUAUAAAAUAGUCUUUAUUUGUUAUUAAUACUUACAAAUACCUAUAAUAUAUUAAUAAUUUCUUGAAAUUUAUAUUAUGGAAGGCAUUCUAUCUUGUGUAUAAAUAAAUAAAUCUAAUAAUUUACUUAUAAUUUCCAAAGGAUUAAAAAAAAAAACAAAAACGAAAAUGUGGGUGACGCAUUUUAUAAGUGAGUUCGAAUUAUAGUUUAGAUUUUUUUCUGAUUUUAGCAGAUUUAUUAACGUUUAUUUUUGUCCAUGUUACAGCAAAAAGAAAAUAUUUAAAAUAUUGAAAUCAUUGUUACCAUACAUUUUCCCGUUUUCCAAACGUUUUUUCAGUUUUCCGAAUUAUUAAAACAGUUUAAAAAAUCAAAAAUAUAACAUCUUUAAAAAUCGUUUAUCGUUACGUACAAUUCUAAAUUAAAUAACUAUGUAUUCUACCUUCCAACUUUCUACCUACAAUAGUGACUGCACGUCCUCAAUAUCACCUCUUUUUUAAAAAAUAUAUACAGCAUGUCCCACGAAAAUACAUCCAUUGUGAUAUCUAAACAUAUACAAUUUUUACCGAAAGAUAAAAGUUGAAAUCAAAUAUAAAUAUUUGCUAUCCUUAUAUCUUUGAAUAAAAUUAAAAAAAAAGUCAGAAUUUGAUUAUCUUUAUUAUCUCAGGAGAUAUCGUAAUGGGUACAUACAUAUUUGUGAGACACUCUAUUUAUAUUACUUAUAAGCUAUUUAAUUAAUACUUUAGUAUAUAUAAUAUUCUAUUUUUUUUUUUUUUUAAUAAAUGUUUAAAUAUAAAAUACAUUUUACAGUGUUGUGUAAGAUAAAAUAAUAUAUUUACUAUCAAGGCAAUAUUAUUUAUUUUACAUAUAAAAUAUUUAGGUACCAAACUGUAAGUAUACACGUUUGUAUUUAUAAAUAAAUUUGUUUAUUAGAAGUCUUUCCUAACAUUAUUACGUUAUAGAAUGAGAUUUUAAAAUCUGUCCGAUUUAUCCGAUUUAUCCGGGAAAGUAAACGGGGUGUACAAUACACAUUACGAUAUAAUAUGUAUUCGUAUAAAUUUAACUGAAAUCCAAAAAAUGGCGGGAAUUUUUUCACAAUAUCGGAUAAAUUAUGAUAAUGAACAGUUUUAAGUGAUUUUUGAAGUUUUCGGCGAAAAGUUGGCCGUUGAUGUGAACUUAGCGGCGUUUUUAGAAAAUUGCUUAUAACUAUUUAACAAUUGUCGAACAAAUUGUAAAAACAUUCCAACCAUGUCCAAUAAAUAACCAAAAACAUUGUUAGAUAAGUUUAAUUAAAUUCUGUUACAAGUGUGCCGCUAAGUUCACGGACGUGUGUAAUGUACAAUUUUUUUUUUUAUACGAAUUUUAACACAAAUUUUGACAAAAAUCGUAAAUAUUACGGCCUUUCAAAACACGCAUAACCGAAUUCCGCUCAGAAUCGUUUUUUGUUGGCAAUGAUUAACCGCUGCGAACAUAUGUACAUUAAAUUCCCCUCUAUAUUCUAUACAUUCCCAAUAAUAUAGAUUGUGUUAGAAAUUAAAAUUAAAAUAAUAAAAAUGUAAAAUGUAAUAGGGCAAUCCGGGGUAGAAUGGAGACGCAGGACACAAUGGGGUAACAGAUUUUUUUCCAUAUUUGUAUGAAUUCAAAGUUCAAUUUAGGGAAUGCUAUUUAGUAUUUUGAUUGAUUUACUUAACUAGUAAAUACACAUUAUGAAAUAUUAGAUUAUAUUUGCUCAUAAUAUUUAUUACUUACCUAUAAUGAAAAAUUGGUUGCAUAAACAUUUUUAAAUAACAUGAUUUAGAUAUUUUAUGUUUUAUCUUAUUAUGUGCUCAACAUAAUAUAAUAUACAAUAAUUUACGUAAUAUUAUGUUUUUUUUAAAUAUUUAAUACUAAAUAAUAAGUAUAACCUAUACUUAUUAGGUAAUAUAAAUCUAUAAAAUAUUAUUGAUAUUAAUAAGAAAUGCUAAAAAUAUUUCUAAUACUCACGUGUUUAGGGUGAAAGAAGCAGAAAAAGAACGUUUGCGCAACAUAAAAAAGGAAAUAGAAGCUGAAGAAAAAAAAAUUAAUAGGUUAAAACAGAAAAAAAGUUUAGAAAUCCAAAUGGGUCGAAAACUGGCGUUAAAUACGGCCGAACUAAGAAAGGAAAUUCGGUAUGUAAAAAAAAAGAAUAUACCUACUAUUAUAUCUAACAUUUAAAUUUUUUUUUACGUUUAUGAUUUUACUGAAUUCUAUUUUGUUAAUUUUUUAGACGCAGUACGGAAUUGCAUUUGUGUAAUCAGCGAUAAUAAAAUAUUAGAUAUACCUAUACGUUUAUAUGUUAAUUACAUUUAAUUUGUUAUUCAUUAUAAUUUUAUAAAAUCUAAUAAUCUAUAAUAAUAUUUUUAGAUAUCGCGUAUAUUUUAGAUGUGUCGAAUCAAAUAAUAUCUAUAUUAUUUUAAAUGGGA